AUGGAAUAUACAGAUGAAGAUGCAGAAACCCAAAUCGAAACAGAGAAUGGUGAAGAUGCAUGGGUUGCCACUCAUAGUGGUCGCGCAACAACAAAUAUCGAAGAAAUCGCACAACAGAUCGAAGGAGAUGAAGAUGAAAUUUGUAAAAAAAUAAGUAACGUUGUAUUAGAUGAUGCGAAUGAUAAGGAAGAAGUUGACGUUCCUGAUAUCAACGAUAUUCCAGACAUGGAUGAUGUUGGUGAUAGUGUGGCUGAAGAAGAAGAUCCAGUACGCGACAAUAUUUCUCAAGACUAUGCUAAAAAAACCGUGACCAUUGAAACACAUCCACAUUUGAAUAUGUCCUUGGCUAGCAUUCAUCCAUGUCGUCAUGCUCAAGUUAUGAAAAAAAUUAUCGAAAAGAUGAAUGAAGAAAGCGUAAAAAAAUUUGAAUUAUUCCAACAGCAAUUUGGUAAUGCUGCAGGGUCUAACGCACCGCAGGUAGAGCAAGCACAAGUGAGAGUUGAUCAGUAA